CGUGCAUAUCAUUCUCACUCUAAGUAUAUCAACUUGACAUAUGGAUUUGGAUAUCUCUUAUCUCUCUGUAGACCUCUCAAAUGAGAUUCAACAACCUAAUACAAAUUAUUUAGAAAAAUCUUCAAUAGAACAUGCUUGUUUAUCGAUAGGAAGCUCAGUAAAUUCGAACACAACUGACUAUAUCGAUGGAAAAAUAGGAACUAUGUCGUGUGAGUUCUCUGGACAAUCAGACACAAACAUUAAUAUGACAUCUUCGAGUGUACCUAGCGUUUCUCCAAAUGUUCCUCCUUGUACUAACAAUAUGUCCAGGACGCCAUAUUUACCAGGUACAGCCUCAUUUAACAUCGAUUAUAGGAAUCAAAUGCAAAGUCCUUAUAUUGCCGGAAAUCCCUGUUCCAAAAAUCCUCAGACAGAUUAUUUUUCAUCUGUACCGUCCAGUAAAUGCUCUUUUGGUUGCAACCCAGUGAACAUAAAUAGAGAACCCGUAUACCCAAUGUUUGAUGAUUUUCCUGUUCUUGUAUCAUGUCAGUUUAAUGACCUUUUUGGAACUUCCAGAGUAUAUGGAUAUGGUGAAUCAGCUCCAUACGAAGAUAUAAUAACACCAACUGUUACAGUUGAACCCAAUUUUUUUGUUGAACAUGAAUGCGAACGUCUGGGGAAAUGUCUAUGUAGAAUUUCAGUAGAUGAAAGGAAAGUUAUCCAAGUAAUGGGUCAUCGACCUGUUGUUCAACGUGUAGCAAUUCUACAAAAAUAUAGAUCAAUGUACGGAAAAAAUUUACCUGCCAAAUUUAUUUCCAAAUUAAAUGGAUGUUUUAAAGAUUGUCUGAUUGCGUUGUGCUAUACACCAGCAGAAUUCGAUGCAAUCGAGCUACGUAGAGCAAUGAGAGGACCUGAUACUGAUGAAGAUACAAUAAUUGAAAUUCUUUGUUCAAGGACAAAUGAACAUAUCAGAAGAAUCAAGAAUGUUUAUCCAAAAUUAUUCAAUGGACGUGAUUUAGAAGAUUAUGUCAACGAUAAUACUGAACAUCCUUUUAAAUCAAUAUAUAUAGCUUUACUAAAAACGAAUAGAGAUGAAUUUACAUUUAUAGAUGGGAAUCUUGUACAAAGAGAUGUGGAAGAAUUACUUAGAGUAAUGAAACAAAAUAUUAGAAUAGAUGAGUCAAAAUUCAUUCCUAUCUUGAUUACACGAUCCUAUGGUCAUUUACGAGCUGUAUUCAAUGAAUAUUCAUCACUGGAUGAAUGUAAUUUGGAAGAGGAAAUGAGUGAACAAGCACUCAAUACUAUACUAUCUAUUGUUCGUUGCAUACAGAAUAGACCAAGAUAUUUUGCUGAAAAAUUAAUUAAAGCCACGAAAAAUCCAGAAAACGAUUUAAAGACAAUUAUUCGGAUUAUUGUCACUCGUUGUGAAGUUGAUAUGGGACAAAUUAAAGAAGAAUUCUUUAAUUUAUAUGGUAAACCAUUAAAAGACUGUUUAAAAUUUGAUAAUGGAUAUAAUGUAAACGAAGAAUCGAAUCAGAUAGUCCAAUCUAUUAAUCACAUUUUAUUGGGAGGUGAAGCACGUAAUUGUCGUAGUAUGUUAUUGAAGCUUAUCAGCGAAUAAGCUUCUUAAAAAUUGUAUUAAAAAUCAUUUACUUACAGUGAGUAAAUCCGUCAAACAAUUACGAAUUCAUUAUUUAAACGUCAACGACUUUCUUCUUUACAAUAUUUACUUGCUGAUGUUUUAACUCACAAUGAACAAAAGUAUUUGCCUCAUUUAACAAACACCAUAUUAACAAAUGAAAAUAUUGUUCACACUUAAUUCCUAUCUGCCCCCUCCUCUCUCCCUUUCUCUCUCUUUCACUCUCCCUCUCUCUCUUGCUCUGUCUUUACCCUCUACUCCAUUUGUUUCAUCUCCUACGAAGAUGUAGUAAUAAGAUAUAUUUGCUUAACUGUUUUACCUAAAUGAAUAAAUGGAUUUGUUCUGAAAUUAUUUUGGUAAAGCAUUUACUGAGAGUAGUGAGUGGAGUGAAGCAAGUUGAAAAUAGGUGAUAGAUAUUAGCAUACUCAACUGAAUGAUCAUUAAGUUCUUUAUCGUGAUUACCCUGAUAAGUCAAAUCGGUGAUCAACUAAAGAGAGAUACAUUCAGCGUCAGUUCAUG